GUUUACUGUUUGAUUCCGGAAGUCGUUUUGAACAACACACUCAUGGCUUCGCAAAACUGGAUCGAUAUUCUAGAAUCGUCAAAGAAAACGGCUUUGAUUCACGAUGGCAAACGGAAGAUCCACUACCUCUUUACUGAUGGAAAAGAAAUGGCAGAAGAGUAUGACUUGAGAACAGAUGAACUGAUUGUACGAAAGUGGCGUCACAAAAGUACUCUUGGAGCACAUGGCCAAUGGCAGCAAGAAGUUGGAGAAACAUUUGUUAGUCCUGUCACCAGUUUGGAUGCUGAGUUGAUAAAAGAGAAUUGUUCCAAUCCAGUGUUAAUGCGGAAAGAUACAAAGACCAGUUUUCAGUGGAGAAUCCGGAACCUUCCUUAUCCCAAAGAAGUCUUUCAUGUUUCAGUGCAGCCAUUAGAGAGAUGUAUUGUCAUAAAAACAUCAAACAAGAAGUAUUACAAGAAGUUCAAUAUUCCUGACCUGGAUCGGAGUCAACUUCCAUUGGACAGCUCUGCCUUAAGCUUCACUCAUGCCAACAACACUUUAAUAGUGAGCUACAAGAAAUCCAAUGAGAUUUUAACCCUGGAGCAGAACCUGAUGAAGGAGCUGAAGAAGCUGAAGGGAUCCAGCGACGAGAACGUUGACUGCAAAACUCAGUGAAUUGUGACUGAGAAGAAAAAGAAUCUGCUCCGACGGGUGAAUGUUCAUCAAAGCCCUUUUAGGUCCUCUUUUUAGGAAAUUCUCCAGACCUUUUGUUUGAAUAAAAUACUUUUUGACAUUUUUUGUAGAAAGGUGAUUUAGUCACAAAAAAUAUGAUUUAAAAAAAAAAGUGCCAUAGUAUAUCUGAUUCGACCUCAUGUUACAUGCUUUCCCCGCGCUGGCUCCUUACUGUGUUUCUUACCCGCUCUCCUUUCAUUGAUGGCCUUGUAAAGUACUCAAAACACACAAAGCCCCAUCCCUGUUCGUUCCAGGGUCACUGUUACGAGCACGUCCCAUUUGUGUUAACUGAAUACCUUAGUGUUCCUUGCGUGUCGUGGCCCACCCUGAGAGCCAUUAGUGGAACUUUGGUGAUCAAACUGUUCCCAUUUUGCCCCUGAGGUUUCGUAAGGCCUGGCUUGUGGUCAACAUCACUGAUGCAAAUUUGGAUUAAGACAAUAUGAGACUUUGUUCCAAAUUGGUGUAAUUCUAUUGUUCACGUGGUACAGCAAUUUGUGUCUGUGAUGUUUUUACAAGCAUCUGAUGAGGACUAAUGUACUUAAAAAAAAAUUUAAUUUUGUGGAAAACCCACAUAGUUUUAGGUUAUGUAACUACCCUAUUUGUGUAUUAUGUAAAAUAAUUUUCCAAAAAUGACAGCAAAACACAUACUCCAGCAAAUGUGCUACAUGCAUUGUAUUGUUUUGUGGUAGGACUUGCGUUUGUUUGGUUCAAACCAUCCAUCCAUCCAUCCAUUUUCUACUGCUUGUCCCUUUUGGGGUCGCUGGAGCCUAUCUCAGCUGCAUUCGGGCGGUAGGCCACCUUGGUUCAAACCAAAUUAAUGUUUAUUUAGAAUAAAGUAUUACAUACAUUCGACCUAUUUGUUAAGAGUCGUGGGUCAACUACAGCCUACCCCACCCAACUUUGUGCCAGCAGUGGAGUGCAUUCUCUCCUGGUCACCUGUCAAUCACACAACCAUUCACGCCUAUGGACAAUUUAAAGCAGGGGUGUCCAAAGUGCAGCCCAAGGGCCGUUUGUGGCUUGCGUGCACAUUCUAAAAGUACGUGUAAAAUCUGGAACUAGAAUUAGACUUCCUUUUAUUGUCAUUCAAAUUUGAACUUUACAGUACAGAUAAGAACGACAUUUCGUUGCAUUAGCUCGUUGUAGUGCAGGAUAAAAGAGCAAUAAGGUACAGAUAUAAAUAGAUUACUAUACAGAUAAAUAUGUUGCAGUUUUCCAUAUGCAUCCACGUUUAUGGAUGUAUGUUAUAUUGUCUUUAUAUUCCAGCGAGUUAAUCUGUUUUUGGGGGGCGGAAUUGAGGGGAUUACUAUUAUGCGUUGAAGAUUCUGAUGGCCUGAGGGAAGAAGCUGUUACAGAACCUGGAGGUUCUGCUACAGAAAACAGGUGUAAUGUAAAAAGAACACGUUAAAAUGUUGACACUAUAUUUACAUUUACGCUAUUAACACAAAUCACACAUGCAUUCCCCAUAAAAAAAAAUCUACAUGUAUUUGUUUUGAAACUGUAAAAUGUCAAUCUCACAUGCCGGUUAUUAGUAUUAAGUUUUACUUCCUGUCCAGUGCUCUUAAUUUUGUUUCCAAAUCCUGUUUUUCUCUCUUUGCCACCACUUUAGUCUGAGGGCUGGGUCCCUCACCUGUCCCUGGUUGCCGAUCUGGCUGCUUCCUAUGUCAGCCUUGUCUUCUGAACUGUGCUGGAUCAUAUUGUGUUGCCUUGUACCACAACGUGCUGCAUAGCUUUCCUUAUGCUCCCUGUGCCUUGUUGAUUUUUGUGCACGUUUCUGCUGCCUUAUUUUUGUUUUCCCCUAAUAAAAUGUUUGUACUUGCACUUCA